ACAGCGACCUGGAGCGGCUCCAGCUCACCCAGCAACAACCCCCUUCGACCCGACGCGCCCGCACACCAAACGGCAGAAGCAAACAGACUCUGCCGCCAAACACACGGCCCGAAGCGAUUCUCGUUCUGCUUUCUAUUCUCCGAGCCGGCUCGACGAUCGAUCGAUCGCGCUUCGCCCGCGAGGCUUGCAUCCUUUUCUACUGACGACCUCGACGACCCGAGACCUCGACGCGCCCAUCCUCGGCCGACGUUUUCCUCGUCACGGACGACGUUGAUAUCACAAAUCAGGCGCAUUUAAAUACCCACUUUAGACCCGACCGGCUGCAGACAUGGAGGAGGAGCGCCUCUGGAAGUUCCGCAAGCCGCAAUGGCUGAACAGCAUUUGGGCGCGUAACGCCGGGGUUUACGCCUCGGGCGCACUUUUCUCGCUCGCCUUCUACACGCUCCUGGACGCGGCCGUGUGGUCCAAGUCGGGGCGGAACGGGUCCGACGUGCACGUCACGUUUGUGGACUGGCUGCCCUUCAUCUUCUCGAGCCUGGGCAUGCUCAUCAUCAACAGCGUCGAGAAGUCGCGCCUGGGCAGCGACAGCCUCGGCUAUAGCGGCUCCUCGUCGGGCGUGGCCUGGAAGGCCCGCGUCGUGCUGUUCCUAGGCUUCGCCUGCCUCGCCGGCGGCAUGGCCGGUGGCGUCUGCGUCUUCGUCCUCGGCUACGUCGCGCCCGGCAUCGAGUUCCCCUACAUGGGCAUGGGCGUCGAGAACGUCGUGGCCAACGCCCUGGUGGGAUUGAGCUCCGCGGUUCUCUGGAUCAGCCAGAACAUGGAGGAUGAGUACUCGUACAACUUGGCUCUCUAAAUCUCGUCAACGUACCCGACCCUCCACCGCUUGGACCAAAGGGCUCAGCAUCCUAACUGCUGGCUUGCUUUCCUAGUCCCCUCGCCCCCGAGUAGAUCCAGACGGCGGCUCAUGCCGGACUGCGAGCUCGGCGAGCCUGCUCCCUGUUGUUUUAUUUGCGCGCGCGCGCGGCCGCUGUGUCGCAUGAUGCAUGUCUCGUCACUGCAUGGCAACGGCCACCACAUGGCGCUACAGUUGGUUAUCAUGGUAUCAGGCGUCAUAUAGUGCCGAGCCCUCCCCUGUACAGGGUAUGGUUCGCAAGGGUUCCUUUUGUUGUAUUUUUAGUCUUAUGGUUUUAUGUGAAGACUUCGUUCCUACGCGUCCGGUCAACCGCCAGGGCCUUUCUUUUUGCAGCCACGGGACCCACACAGACAAUGUAACGACCCUGCACACCGACCAGCGGUCUGAAAAAAGGGAGGGUCAUUCUAAUAGCAGCGAAAAGGCCGGCGGGUUAUAUACAGCCUUGCUACCUACCCGUCUCAAGCCAGGUACCACACACCGCCCAUUGUCCUCUGCCCACCACGGCCCGCUUUGCUAGCCCGGGUCUAAGACCGGCAGGGACGCACGAGGGCACCCGUUUCCGAGAUUCCGGGACGCCCUCAACCGUCCUCUGGACCCCGACGCUCUCUCUGCGAUGCAUGCAAGCGAGACGGGCGUCAGAUGUGGCUGGAACUGUUAGUGGAGCCCGAGAUAUGACGGAUAGCACGGACUGGUGGGCGAUGAGGCAGUGGUUGACACGGCAGUGUUUACGUGUUUCUGCAUUUAUAUCAUACUUGGCGUGCUAAUUUAUACGUUCUUGUUAUACAUGUUCUUGGCAUUUGCAC